UUCUGCUGUUUGCAUGCAGAAAAUUCAUAAGAGAAUAUUCGUAAAAAGUCGAUCCUCGACUUGGUUCAUAAUUAAUUGCUAUUUAUUGAAGUGUAAUCGUAGCUUUAUCCGAAUGGAUUCAAUAUUUUCUGCAGGUUUUUCGGAUGGUUUGAGUGAGAUCUCAACCAUGCUGAACUCGCAUGAUUUUCCGGCAUGUUGCCGCCUUUGUUUGAAGCCCUCCAGAGAUGAUCCACUCGACGUCAUUCAAUGUGAACAAAUUCAUCCGGAAUCUGGUUUCUCUGUCCACGAUCUGUUGCUGGAAAUGUCCUUUGAACCGUCAGUGAACGAUUCUUUGUCACCUCAGGGAUCAAUUUGCCAGGCUUGCUACUGCGAGCUUCAGAACGUCUAUCGAUUUCGCAGCCAAUCCACGGAAAUGUACAAAUUUUAUAAGGUACUAGUUGAGGCCAAAAUAUCCGGCAAUGAAGAACCAUUAGUGGAGUUGAUCGAGCGGAAAACUAGCGAUAAAUUAAGGUCCCAUCUGGUCCGCCUAGGUAUCAUCAGUACCGACAAACUUUUCAUGAAAUCUUAUCUAGCUGAAACAGGAUUUGUCGCAAGUGUAACCGAGCCAGUAGGAGACAUUUUUAAACCGCAGAUAAUUUCGGUAAAACUAGAGAACGAAACUGAAACCGAUUACUCGAAUUCCGAGGACAAUGUUGAACCGCCUGCGAAGGUCAGUAGAAAACAAACAAGACAGGAACCAAAAGAUCUUGAUCGUCCAAAGGCAAAGCGUCCGGAAAAAUUUACAGUUUGUCCUAUAUCAGACUGCCGGGAGUCACUGCAGGCUCAAACGUAUGUAACUCACUUGAGAGAUUACCACAAGUACGGUUGUAAGCUUUGUGGAAUUAUUCUGAAAUCCAGACACGUGAUGGCCCAGCACGUUGUUGUUCACAAAGACCGCCCGCUUACGGUUCAAUGCACUUUCUGCGAUCAAAAGUUCUCGAGUUUUGGUACGAUGAGAGCUCACGCUAAGAUGGUACAUGAGAAGUUGGCUACAAGCUAUAAAUGUAAGGAGUGUGGGGAUAUAUUUGACAGGCGUAAACCUUUCACUGAACAUAUUAAAUCGCAUCUACCGAAGGAAUGUACCAUUUGUGGGGAUGAUUUCGAUCAUCACAUCCGAUUAUAUUAUCACAUGAAAAAUCAUCACCCGGCAAAACUUUUAAGGUGUACAUAUUGCUUCCGAGAAUUUCUAAUACAGUCUGCCCUGGACCACCACAUGGAGCAGAGUUCCGUCAAUCCAAAUCAUAUAUCAGACGAAUCCUAUGAAGUGUUGACGCUCAAGUCGAUGAUGAUGUUCAGUUGUCUCGAGUGUGACAAACAGUUCACUUCGGAAGCGCACCGUUCGACGCAUAUGGACAGUCACGUCUUCAAGAUGCGACAUAUACCGGUCAAAACAAGGCGCCCCAAGGAAGAGCUAGAUAAACUAGAAUAUAAAUUUCAGUGCGACCAAUGUGACGCUAAAUAUCGACUGCAAAGAUCACUGGACUCGCAUCGAAGAAAGCACAAACUGCCACCGUUGGUUUGCGAUUCCUGUGGAGCAGUAUUUGAGAACAAAACAUACCUCAAGCAUCAUAUUAUUUACAAGCACACGAAAGAUUUUCGACAUAUUUGCGAUUUCUGCAAAAAAGCUUUCGCCACCAGCUCGGAUUUGCUGAGGCAUCGGCGAAUUCACACGAAGGAGUGCCCGUAUCAAUGUAGCCAAUGUGGCGACCGGUUCAUAACAAAUAAUGCCUACAAUAGGCACGUGCGGAUCAACGCAGGUCUGGAAGUACACCGAAGUACCUAUCGCCGCAAACGUUCAAUCCACCAAUCCAGGGAUGAAGGCAGAGCUGCUGAUGUCGAAAUUGAACAACUCAAUACCUGAUUCAAAUAGGCAUGUCAGUUGUAUUUCAAAGGAUUAUCAUGGAGAGCAAAA